UUCAAUUCCUUGAAGUCUCGCACUAUCUUUCCAUGCCUAUUAUGCGCAAAUAGGGUAGAGCAAAUUGCAGUCCUCUGUGAAUUGUGAUAGAUGGAUCACUUGGCAGACGCCGAAGAGCAACUGGUAGCGGAGAUAAUGAGGCAAAAACUCAAUGAAAUCACCGCAGCUACGGAGGCCCAACUUUCCGGUGUCAAAGACCACGUCAAUUUCACCCUUCAGCAAGCAUACUUCAAAUGCGCUUAUGAGUGCUUCGAUAGGAGCAAAACUCAAGAGGAGAUAGGGAACUGUGUGGAGUAUUGCACCGUCCCUGUUCUCAAAGCCCAUUAUCUUGUGGAGGAUGAAACGGCUAAAUUUGCAGAAAACAUGAAAAGGUCAUUGACACAUUGCCAAGACAAAUUUGUAGCUGCAAAACUCCAGCAGGAUGGCAAUACCAUCAAGGUCUUGGAAUCUUGUGUUGACCUGUCAACUCAACACUGCUUAAAGACAUUACCUUACCUUGUCAGACAAUUAAAGACUUCUCUUGACAUAACAGAAUAGAGGUCCAUUUAUUCCACUUAAUCAUAUCCCUCUUAUUAACUUCUGAUUAAAUGCUGAUAUCAUUAGAGUAGAGUGCAGAGAGUCACUGUACAGGGAAACAGAUGAUGAUUAAUGCAGUACUUACCAAAUUUUACUUCAAGACCAUAUCCUGCUUUCUGGUUUAGUUUUACUUCUGUUCAAUCUAUCAAAGGGUCUGCCCUUACAUAUGUAUCUAUUCUAGUCCAAUAUAACUGUAUAAUAAUCUUGAUUUAGGAAAUUUAUGAACCUUUUGUAACCAUGCAUUGCCACAUCUUGAAACAUGUUGUAUGUGCAAUGGCAAGAAUGAAACUGCCUUUCACUUGUUUGUAAGAUGCCCUUUUGCUUGACAAUGCGGGGAUGCUAUUGGGGGUAUUGACUACUGGAGCAGCCAAUCUAUUCUGGAUUGGUUGGAGCAGAACUUCAGGAAGCUAAGCGAUAAUGAACUUUGCUUGUUGAUCACAGUCUGCUGGAAAAUUUGGGAGGCCAGGAAUGAUAAAACUUGGAACCACACUUCUACCCCUGUGCAUGCAGUUAUUGGAGGAGCUCAAACCUUUCUUUGUCAGUGGCAGGAGGUCAAUUUUGGAGCCAACCAGUUUGCGAAUGGGGAUGAUCACGCUGCCCGCUGGGAAAAGCCUCCACCAGGGUGGAAGAAGAUCAACAUCAAUGCGGCUCUUGGUAUCUCUAAUAGGAAGAUGGGUUUCGGGCUUGUUCUUAGAGACUCCAAUGGUGACUUCAUUGCUGCUAGAGAGGUCCCCAUGAUGGUGAUACACAAUCCAGAUGAGGCUGAAGCGAUGGCCGUCAAGGAAGCGUUGAAAUGGCUGAAGGAGCUACAUGCUGAUGAUAUCCAGGUGGAAUCUGAUUGCUUGAAGGUCAUCAAUGGAAUCCAUGACGAGCACUUAACUACUUCUUUUGAUCUUAUAGUCAAUGACAUUAGAGAAAUAGCUAAAGAUUUUACUAAUCUUUGCUUUUUGUUUGUUAAACGGUCUGCAAAUAGGGUCGUCCAUUUGUUAGUUAGAGAGUCCUUAUCUAGGGUCGUCCAUUUGUUAGUUAGAGAGUCCUUAUUUAAGACUGACCGUGUAGACUGCUUCUCGGUCCCGUUCUUUUCCAUUGCUCAUGUUUUGGAUCU